AUAUAGAGUAUCAAUAAUUACGGUUCUUGGUAACCUCGACAAAGUGUCACCUGAAAUCGAAAAAAGAAUUUACGUAAAUCUUCAUGUUGAAAAGAGUACGAAGAAAAGCCGUGGUUUAAAGAUGUAUCUGACUCCUGCAACCCUCUAUGCUUUUAGAUUAUCAUUCCAACAGGGAUCUGUCUCGUCUGUGUUCCGCAGAAAUUCGAUCGAUCGCCAUACCACCACAUCAGCAUGUAUGCUUGCAAUUAUUGGCCUAUCUAUGAGCGUAUUUUCUGUGAGGAAGUUGCUAGCCUCGAAACACAAUGGUCGUUCGUAAAAUUGUCAUUAAAGUCAGCAGCAACAGAUCAAUCCGAAAAAAGAG